ACUAAGCCGUAGUUAAAACCAGGCACACCUCACACUUGGUGACCAGAUUGACCUCAAAUCAUCUGGUCUCUCAACAUGCCAGUGCGCUGAGGCAGAGGUCACCAGCUGCUAGCUAGCUGCAGAGCGCCGGAGCAGGCGUUCACAGCUGCGCGCGGUGGCGUCCGCGCGCCUCCAUCACAACCGCAUGCUUGUUGUUGGAUCGAUUUGGUGAGAACGCGCCAGCACAAUCCAACCGCAGAAUAUAUGUAAGAAAAGUGUGCCGUCACAGAAAGAUCUGGUAAGAUGGACAUCGCCACAGGGGCAAUGAACACCCUGCUCCCCAAGCUUGGUGAGCUGGUGGUGGGUGAAUACAACCUGCAGAAGGGUGUCAAGGGAGAAAUCAAGGAACUUGAGAAAGAGCUCACAAGCAUGACUGCAGCCCUUCGCAAGGUAUCUGAGGUGCCGCCUGACAAACUUGAUGUGCAGGUCAAAAUCUGGGCCAGCGAUGUCAGGGAGCUAUCCUAUGACAUUGAAGAUGCCGUCGACACCUUCAUGUUGCAGGGAAUCGGGCAUGAACCUACCAUGGCAUUCAGCAUCAAGGGAUUCAUUGAUAGGACCAUCAAUUUGUUCAAGAAGGCCGUGACCAACCAUCAGAUCCACAACGUUAUCAAAGAUAUCAUGCAUCAGGUCAAGAUGGUCAAUGAGCGGCGUAAAAGGUACAAGGUUGAUGAGGUAUCUAAUAGGCCAAUUGUGGAGACUAUUGAUCCUCGCCUAGAAGGUAUGUACAGAAAGGCAACAGAGCUAGUUGGCAUUGGCAGGCCAAAGAAUGAGCUAGUCGAGUGGCUUAUGAAUGAGGCCAGUUCGUCGUUGCAGCAACCAAAGAUAAUUUCUAUUGUUGGAUUCGGAGGAUUGGGGAAGACAACUCUUGCAAAUGCAUUGCUUCAGGACCUUAAAGCAAAAUUUGAUUGCCACUUUUUUGUCUCCGUGUCCUUUAGUCCUGAUAUAAAGAAGAUUUUCAAGAAUAUUCUUGCCCAACUUGAUGAGAAUAAGUAUGGCCACAUAGAUGAAUCAUGGGAAAUAAAGUUGCUUAUUGACAAAAUUAUAGAAUUCCUCAAGAAUGGAAGGUGCUUGUGCGUGAUUGAUGAUUUAUGGAAAAAAUUGCCGUGGGAUACUAUCAAACUUGCUUUGCAGGAUAGUAAUUGUGGAAGCAAGAUAAUCAUAACCACUCGCAAUAAGGCUGUUGCAGAACAUGUUGGUGGUGCUAUUUAUGAACUAAAACCUCUUUCUAAUGAUGACUCCAGGGAGUUGUUGUACAAGCGAAUAUUUGAGUCUGCAGAUGAUUGCCCUUCUGAUUUCAGCAGUGUCACCAAAAAGAUCUUAAAGAAAUGUUGUGGUGUACCAUUAGCCAUUAUUACCACAGCAAGCUUACUAGCUACUAAACCAAGGUGCUCAGUGGAAUGGGAGAAGGUGAAUAAUUCCAUUGGUUCUGGACUUGAAAAUAGCCCCCAUGUGGACACGAUGAACACGAUAUUAAGCCUCAGUUACAAUGAUCUGCCUUUCCAUUUGAAGACUUGCUUGUUGUCUUUGAGCAAAUAUCCCGAGGACCAGGUGAUUAGAAAGGAUGUUUUGGUAUGGAGCUGGAUAGCAGAAGGUUUCAUUGCACCUGCAGGGUCAAGCUUGCAGGAGAUAGGGGAGGGUUACUUUAACGAGCUUAUUAAUAGAAGCUUGAUACAGCCCAUAGAAGCCUAUACCUUUGACGAGCUUGGAGAGAUGGAUGUGACUGCUUGCCGAAUACAUGACAUGGUGCUAGACCUCAUUGUCAAGUUGUCAGCAGAAGAAGGCUUUGUCACCACUUCGUUGUCAGAUGAUGGUGAACAAGCAGGUGCAUCUUCGUUGCAUCGCAGGGAGAUUAUCCGGCGGCUAUCCCUCGACAACAGCAGCAACGCCGAUGCCUCAAUAAAUGAAAGAAAUGUGCUGUCCAAAGUGAGGUCACUUGAUGUCUUUGGCCGUGCACAUUUGAUAAUACCGGCCCUAUCAAGAUUUCGUGUUCUACGUGUACUGCAGCUAGAUGACUGUUCUAGUCUGGAUAACGAUCACCUAGAGGAUCUCUGCAAGUUGGACCUACUGAGGUUUCUACGGCUACAGGGUUUGAGAAUUAGCAAGCUCCCCGAGAGCAUUGGCAAGCUGGGGUCUCUGGAGACAUUGGACAUCAGAGGUGCCGAGUCAGUAAUACUAUUGCCAAUGUCUUUCGCUAAACUAGGAAAACUGGUCCGGCUACUUGCUGAAGAAGUAGAACUACCAGAUGAUAUGACUCUAGAGAAUAUGAAAUCUCUGCAAGAGCUAGUAGGCAUAUGCCCUACUUUGCACGCCAUGACAAAGAUUGCUAAACUGAGAGAGCUAAAGGUCCUCAAGCUUGUCAUCGAGGAUGAAUCUGAUACAGGCAAUUUAGACAAAUUGGGUCCCACGAGCCUCCCCAAUUUAUUACAAGUAUUGGUGCUAAGAACUCCAUUAUUCUACUCCCUGGAUUCCAUGGCACAAGUUCCUUCUGGUCUCCGGAUUUUCAUGUGCAGUACCCACUUUACAGUAUUCCCAAGGUGGAUUGACCCAUCGCUCUCCCAUCUCACUGUCUUGUCCAUUUGUCUAUGGCGUGUGCGUGUACAGCCUGAGCACCUUGACAAGCUUGCUGAGCUGCCAUCUCUUCGCUUUCUCAGGAUACAUGCACUGCUCCCACCGCGUGAGCAGGAAAAGCUCGUUAUUCACAGCAGUCCAUCUGCAUUCCCAUGUCUAACAGAACUUCGGAUUUGGUGUCCCCUGAUGUUCCUUAAGUUUCAACCUGGGGCUAUGAGAAAGCUUGAAAGACUUUGCCUUGGCUUUGAUGCCAGAUCGACCAUUGAGCAUUUUCGGACCAGUAACUUCAAUUAUGGAUUUGAAAACCUCCCUUCUCUCCGACAUGUCAUCAUUGAGUUACGCGGGCGGGAAGCCCACGAUGAUAUUAGGAAGACUAUUAGUAAUCAUCCAAACCAUCCAUCGCUCAACCUUUCGUAAAAACAACUAAAGGAUGGAAGGGAAGCAGCUUCUGAUUUUUCGCUCAUCAUACAGUCAUACCUUGUUACGGGGUUUGGGGCUAAGUGUGUUACGUUUUUUAUGAAACAUAUUGAUGUGUUCGACGACCAACUCAACUUCAUUACUAUUCAUGUGUUUUGAAUAAUUACUUCCACCAUCAUGUAUGUUUUUUAUUGUAGCUGAGGAUGGAUUAUCAGUGUGACCUAUUUUGGACAUUUCAUCCACAUAAUAAUGAUCUUAAGUUAUUUGAUUGGAUUAA